CCAUUUAUAUUGUUGAGCUGUGUGUGUGGAGAUGAUGAUGAUGAUGAUAAACCCAAUAGAAUUUUAAAAGGAUAAGAAUCGCAAAGCUCAUAUCACAAAACUUUGAGAUCUCAUUUCAUCUUUCUUCGAUUCUACCUACUCCGAUUCAAUCGAUCUUAUCGAGACAUGGAUGCUCGUAAGAGAGGACGCCCUGAAGCUGCUGCCUCUCACAACUCCAAUGGCGGAUUCAAGAGGUCUAAGCAAGGUUUGUUCUUUCACUCCUCUCCUUCCUAUUGUCUCCAAUUGGGUUUUAGAAAUUCGAGAUCUUCACAACAAGAGAGAAUGUUUUGGUAUCACUUAUGUUUGUUCAUUUCUAGUUGCAAUGUGUGCUCUGUCUCUCGUAAAGGUUGUUCCUUUGUUCAUUUUUGUGUUCAUUAGAGAGAUUAGUCGCAAACCCUUUUUCUGCUUCAGUCUGGUAUUACCUUACUUGAGAGUUGGGAGACAAUUGAUAUGAGAAGUUUGUAUCUUGUUCUGCUUUGUGUUGUGCUAUUGGCUUACCCUUCUUCUCAUAUUCAUUGGAUUCAUCAAUCAACUCCCAUUAGCCUUUGUGACCACUCAACAUUACUGGAUUUACUUGAUUGAUAUAUUGAUCUGUAUCAACUCAAGCUGUUGAGUUCAAUUUCAAAACUCUAUAACCCUGGAAAUUUUCAAAACCAGAAUGGUAUACUGGUGCCAAGUCCAAAUGAUAUGUAUUGAGAAAAUUGUAGAAAAGUUUAACCAAGUAAAAGCACUUAAUGUUUGCAACAGAGAUGGAAUCAAUUUCAACUGGUUUAGGAAGCAAAUCCAAGCCAUGCACUAAAUUUUUCAGGUACGUAGCACUGUUCAUCCUUAAACGAGUUAAAAAGUCAAUGUAACAAACUGUGAUUCCUCCUAAGAAUGGAUGAUAAGCUUAUAUGGAGUAUAAUUUUGGAACUGAACUCUACUGGUGAAUCUAAUAUACAAAAUCAACCAAAACUUGUUUUUGUGGCUGUCGUUGUAAACAAUUUGUUUAUUCUUCUUCUGUUUGAUGGUAAGGAAACUGUAAUUUUGCAUAUGCAGCAUAAAACCAUUGUUCUCAAGUAAGGUUCUUCUUGCAUUAUCUUUGAACUAUCCAUGAGUCUUUCGGCUCCUGUGCAACGUGUUGUUCAUCGGUGAUGCAUAAUGACUACAAUCUGUUUUAUUACUUUAUAAAUUUCUUUCAUUAUCUUUGUACUAAAACGCUAUAGCUUUUUCGAGAAGGUAGCAAUAGUGCAACAGCUUGGAGAUGUGUCGUUUUGUUCUUUCUCGAAUGAAUUUGCUGAUGCAUUAUGGUUUGUACUGCAGCACUUCUGGAUGUCCAUUUGGUGACAAUUGCCACUUCUUGCACUAUGUGCCCGGUGGGUACAAUGCUGCAGCGCAGAUGACAAAUCUCCGACCACCGGUUUCUCAAGUUUCCAGAAAUAUGCAAGGAUCUGGUGGUCCCGGCGGCAGAUUCUCAGGGAGAGGAGAUCCAGGAUCAGGCCCUGUUUCAAUCUUUGGUGCUUCUACUUCCAAGAUCAGUGUAGAUGCUUCUUUAGCCGGUGCCAUCAUUGGAAAAGGUGGAAUCCAUUCCAAACAGAUAUGCCGUGAAACAGGAGCAAAAUUAUCGAUUAAAGAUCAUGAAAGAGACCCAAACUUGAAGAUUAUCGAGCUGGAAGGAACAUUUGAACAGAUCAAUGUAGCGAGUGGGAUGGUGAGAGAGCUUAUAGGGAGGCUUGGAUCAGUGAAGAAACCUCAAGGGAUUGGUGGUCCUGAAGGGAAACCACAUCCUGGGAGCAACUACAAAACCAAGAUCUGUGAUAGGUACUCUAAAGGGAACUGUACAUAUGGAGAUAGAUGCCAUUUUGCUCAUGGUGAAUCUGAGCUGCGCAGGUCAGGAAUCGCUUAGUUAUGUCUUUAGACUCUUGAGAACAGAUUAUGCAUUGUUAGCUCCAUUAUCAUUGUGACUUUUUGCUCUCUCUUUUUGUUUUAUCAAUUUGUUUUAUGCGACUCGCUUUGAAAACUUUAGCCCAUUCUGUAUUGAGCUCUGAAGAUUCGACGAGUUCUGUAAGUUACCGAUCACAGUUAAAAGACUUUGAUAUGUUAAAACCCUUAUAUUACAGCUACAUACUAUUUUUGUCUUAACUCUUAAGA